AUGGCGGCCAUUGUCCAGUCCAUGACUCCGUCGUUGGCGGUCAUUGUCCAGUCCAUCUCUGCGUCGUUGACCACCGUGCAGUCAGUCGCCCAGCAGUCCAUCUCUGCAGGGAGUGCUGCUGUACAAAGAACCUUAGCUGACGUCAGCGCGGGAUUAUUAGCCGGCCAGGCUCCUGAAAUUACCCCGGACGGUUCUGGAGGUACUUACAUGCUUCGCGAUGCGACCGGCGAAUCGCACAUUGCGGUUUUUAAGCCGAUGGAUGAGGAGCCGUUGGCUUGGAAUUGCCCUCGAGGUAUGCCGCCGAGUUUAACGGGCAAAGGACUGAAGCGUGGAACUCGCGUUGGCGAAGGCGCGUUUCGCGAAGUCGCAGCGUAUCUUCUGGACCACCCACUUCGCGAAGGCGAUGCGGAGGGUUUCGCAGGAGUGCCUCGAACCUCGUUGCUCGGUAUAAGGAAGAUUGGUUCGUUGCAGCAGUUUGUCCCCGCUAUGAGCAAUUGCGAAGAUAUGGGCCCGGCUCGGUUCGCUGCUUCGGAGGUUCACAAAAUCGCGGUUUUGGAUAUGCGGUUGGCGAACGCGGAUAGGAACGGCGCCAACAUCUUGGUGAAGCGUGACGGCACAGAUCUGAAGCUGAUUCCGAUCGAUCACGGAUACUGCCUUCCGGAAACGUUGGAAGACUGUACAUUUGAAUGGUUGUACUGGCCUCAAGCGAAGCAACCUCUAAGCGAGGAAGUCAGGGAAUACAUCGCAAAACUUGACGCCUGA